CGGGGGACCGUGGGCGGGGCUUAGCGAGUGGCAGAAACACAGAAAACUUUGUUAGCUUCUUCGCUAACAUCGCAACGUCGUCUGCUGAGACAUGACAGGAGCGUGAAGCGGCGCGACACGAGCCAUGGAGAGGAUGGACAUUUGCCAAGGUGACGAUGAUGGAGACAUGUGCAGAUGGGCCACUUCAGUGCUGCUGAACAGCAAACAUGAAAUCAGCGCUCGAGUGCAGCAGUUUGUGGAGGAGAGGAUGCAGACCACCAUGCUCACUGGUGUGCUGAUAGGAGCUGCAGUCGCCGUCUCACUGAUUGGCAUCGUGGUCCUCUUCCUUUACAGGAGAUAUAAGCUUGGCCGUAAACAACAGCCAGGUGUUCGUCAGUAUCGCUUCAGGAAUCGAGAUAAAGUGCUCUUCUAUGGAAGGAAGAUCAUACGAAAGGUCCAGACGUUGUCGUUGAUUCCUCCCCCCACCUCCACCUCAGUAUCAAAGCAGCCGCAGCGCAUUCGCAAACGAACCAAAGUCCUAAGCAUAGCUCGCAAAAUCCUUCGGAUCCGUAAAGACCCUCCCACCCUGCAGCCCAAGGAACCCCCUCCCUCACUGUUGGAGGCUGAUCUAACAGAGUUUGAUGUGCAGAGCUCAAACCUACCCUCUGAGGUCCUCUACAUGCUGAAGAAUGUCAGGGUCUUGGGGCAUUUUGAGAAGCCCCUGUUCCUGGAGCUGUGUCGCCACAUGGUGUUAAUCGAGCUGCAGGAAGGCGAAGGUCUGUUCAGGCCAGGAGACGAUGACGACAGCAUCUACGUGGUGCAGGAUGGACGACUCGAGCUCUGUAUCCAGGAGAACAAUGUUCCAGAGACAGUUGUGAAGGAUGUGCACCCCGGAGACAGUGUCCACAGCCUGCUCAGCAUCCUGGACAUCAUCACUGGUUAUCCAGCUCCAUAUAAGACUGUGUCAGCCCGAGCUGCAACGCGCUCCACCAUAUUACGUUUACCUGCAUCUGCCUUUGAGUCAGUUUUUCAGAAAUACCCAGAGACGCUUGUGCGCGUCAUUCAGAUAAUCAUGGUGCGCCUCCAGAGAGUCACCUUCUUGGCGUUGCACAACUAUCUGGGCCUGACAACUGAGCUCUUCAAUCCGGACAGCCAGGCAGUGCCCUUAUCCAACAUAAACAGUGUUAUGGCUGAGGCAAAUUCUGGGAAGACGACUCGUCGGCUUCACUUUCAAGACGAGCUACCUGCUGGGACUGUGGAAGGCCCUGCAGAGUCAGAUGGUGUGAAAGAUAGCCCAUUAAACAGCCACAGGAGGCAGCGGUCCCUCACCAUGCCCCCCGACUGCACAGGCAAUGACCUGAACAUGGCUUGUGAACGAGCUCGAGUCUCGAUAGAUGAGCCUCCGUCCAGUCCUGUUACUCAGAAGUCCAGUCUGAAGAAGAGGGUGACGAUGCUGCCCACGCCCUCAGAAGUGUUUCACUACACAGACAGUGGGGGGCAGUCUGAUGCCAUCCACCUCAGUAAGAGCAGCACAAUCCUCCAGGCCGCUAAGAGAGACCUGCUGGGAAUCAUCCAGCUGCAGGAUCCGACUCUGCUCGAUGGUAGAGUCACGCUUCAACACGUCAAAGCAGGUUCUGUGGUUGCUCGUCAGGGAGACCAGGAGGUGAGCAUCCAGUUUGUGAUUUCUGGACUUCUCCACGUUUACCAGCGCAUGAUUGACCGUGAAGAAGAGACAUGUCUGUUUGUGACGCACCCUGGGGAGCUUGUUGGCCAACUAGCUGUCCUGACAGGAGAGCCCCUCAUAUUCACUGUCAAAACUCAGCGAGACUGCAGCUUCCUCUCCAUUUCCAAAACCCACUUCUAUGAGAUAAUGCGUGUGGAGCCAAAAGUUGUGCUGAAUGUUGCUCACACAGUGGUGAAGAGGAUGUCUUCUUUUGUCAGACAAAUAGAUUUCGCUCUCGACUGGAUGGCCGUGGAGGCUGGCAGGGCUGUCUACAGGCAGGGAGAGAAAUCCGACAGUACGUUCAUAGUACUGAGUGGCCGACUUCGCUCCGUAAUCAUGAAGGAGGACGGCAAGAAGGAGCUGAUAGGAGAGUAUGGACGCGGUGACCUUAUUGGAGAGGUUGAAGCCCUGACCAAUAAGAACAGAGCCACCACCGUGCACGCUGUACGAGACUCUGAGCUGACCAAGCUACCGGAGGGAGCUCUCAGCUUCAUCAAGAGGAAGUUCCAACAGGUUGUCACCAGGUUGAUCCACCUACUGGGACAGAAGAUCCUCCAGCAGGUCAACGGUCCUCUAACAACUCGCAGUUUGGCGGUCCACACUCCCGGCAGUAAAUGGGACGCAGGGAACCAAGCAUCCAACCUCUCAACUGUGACCGUCCUGCCUGUUUCAGAGGAGGUCCCUCUGACUGCCUUCACCCUGGAGCUGCAGCAUGCGCUCAUCGCAAUAGGCCCCACUCUUCUGCUGACGAGUGAAGUCAUCAAACAGCAACUUGGAGCUGCAGCACUUGACAGCGUCCAUGAGUACCGUCUGUCCAGCUGGCUGGGCCAACAGGAAGACCUCCAUCGUAUAGUUCUUUACCAGACUGACUACACACUGACGCCAUGGACACAGCGGUGCAUCCGUCAGGCCGACUGCAUCAUCAUUGUGGGAAUCGGGGAGCAGGACCCUGCUGUCGGGGAGCUGGAGCGCAUGUUAGAGGGAAGUGCGGUACGUGCUCAGAAGCAGCUGGUGCUGUUGCACAGAGAAGACGGCCCCCAGCCCAAAGGAACUGUGGACUGGCUGAACAUGCGUAGCUGGAUCUCCAGACACCUCCACCUCUCCUGUCCCCGAAGGGUCUUCUCUAAGAGGAAGCUGCCCAAACUGUUGGAGCUGUAUCAGCGUGUGUUUGAGAAGCCAGCUGACCGCCACUCUGACUUCUCCCGCCUGGCUCGCGUCCUCACGGGCAAUGCAAUCGCCCUUAUUCUAGGAGGAGGAGGAGCAAGGGGCUGUGCCCAGGUGGGGAUCUUGCGAGCUCUCAGCGAGGCCGGCAUCCCGGUAGACCUCAUUGGCGGCACUUCCAUCGGGUCCCUCAUGGGGGCACUAUAUGCUGAGGACCGCAGCCACAGCCGCAUGAGGAUGAGGGCCAGAGAAUGGGCAAUGGAAAUGACAUCAGUGUAUAAGAAGGUUCUGGAUUUAACAUACCCGGUCACAUCCAUGUUUUCCGGAGCUGCCUUCAACACCAGCAUCAGCAACGUCUUCAAGAGUAAACAGAUCGAGGACCUUUGGAUCCCAUAUUUCAACAUCACCACUGACAUCACUGCCUCGGCCAUGAGGGUCCACACUGAUGGCUCUCUGUGGCGAUACAUCCGCUCCAGCAUGUCUCUUUCUGGGUAUCUCCCUCCUCUCUGUGACCCCAAAGAUGGACACUUGCUGAUGGACGGAGGAUACAUCAACAACCUGCCUGCUGAUGUGGCGCGCUCCAUGGGGGCCAAAGUGGUGAUUGCUAUUGACGUGGGCAGCAGGGAUGAAACCAACCUCACUAAUUAUGGCGACUCACUCUCAGGCUGGUGGCUGCUAUGGAAACGCCUCAACCCCCUAGCUGAGAAAGUAAAGGUGUUGAACAUGGCAGAGAUUCAGACGCGGCUGGCUUACGUGUGUUGCGUGAGGCAGCUGGAGUCGGUGAAGAACAGCGACUACUGCGAGUACAUCAGGCCGCCAAUCGACAGAUACCGCACUCUGGAGUUUGGAAAGUUUGAUGAGAUUGCCGAGGUGGGAUACCAGCACGGCAAGACUGUGUUUGAUGUUUGGAUUCGCAGCGGAGUGGUGGAGAAGAUGUUGAAAGACAGACACCAGGAAGACUUCCACAACACCCAAAGCAAGAACAGUGUGUUGACGUGUCCCAACGCUUCCUUCACCGACCUGGCAGAAAUCGUGUCUCGCAUCGAGCCAGUUAAACCUGCUGUGGUGGAUGAUAAACAGGAGUCAGACUACCACACCGACUACGAAGAGGAGGCGAUGGAGAGCGCUCCGUCCGACAUGGAGCUGUACAGUCGAUACGGCGAGCCCACUGAAUGGGAGGAGACUGGUGACACGGAUGAGGAUCUGGAUUUGAGCCGCAAACGUCGCAUAACCAAACUCACUGCCAGCGAGUAGAAGUUAGGGGCCCGGACACUCCACUGGAUGUGCCGUCAAACCAGGAAGUCCUUUCCAAACAGUCCAUGAAGUGAAGACAGCACUAACAACCUCUGAAGGAGCAGGUCAUCACGAUUUAACCUGCCUCUCGUCGCCUUACAUUCCCCUCCACUUUAUCCCGAGUCAAACAAAACCUCCUCCUUCCUCCCCUGAGACUAUCAGAGUGACCGUGAUUACCAGUGUGCCCUCUGUAACGCGGCCUCGUUAGCCGUGUGGCUCACAAGCUCAAUGCACAGCCCUUGAAAAACUUCCCACGAGCGGUUUACUCACAUUCACAUCUUAGUCUAAACAGGAGCAGCCGAAAGCUUCAUCAUUUCUCUUGUUGAGAGUCUAGAUUACUUCCUGUAGCUUAACAUGCAUUAAACAAGUCCGGUGGAAGAUGAAAAGAAGAUAGAAAACACCCCUGAAAUAUUGAUCACAGGAAAACUAUGAAUCUUUGUUGAUUAUAUUCGGAAAACAGAAGUUACAGAGUCAGUUCACUAAAAUAGAAGAAAAGUUGUUUAGUCAUCUAGACAUUUAGAUCCCUUUUACAUCAUCAUCAAUGAGAUUAAACUCACAUAGGAUUCAAAUACUGGAAUUAUUCCUCCUCAUCCGUGGUGACUGCAUAUUGAUACCUUUAGUGAUUUGGGAGUUUAAAUGGAGCCUGAACCAAAAAGUGCAUGAUUAGUGAGCCCCGGUGAACUGUGUCUUGUAAUCGAAGCUGUCUUUGCAGAGUGUGUGGUGAUCGAGGGUCCUUUCAUUCACCGAGUGUGCCACAGAUUCCCUCAAAUAUGCAUGAAAUGUGGGAUUUUACCAGGAGACGAGGGACGCACUGCACACUCUUUAUUCUGACAGAACACGUACCUCCACCAAGGCUCAACAAUCCCACAUUUAAAUUCUUUAAAUCCAUAUUUUUAUUUCUUAAAAGAAAAGUCCUGGAUUCUACCCUUGAUCUGAAUCCACGCCACGUUGUAUUGGGUUCUCUCUCCUGACCCAAACCACAUCCUCUCACCAAGCUCCGUGGUAACCAUCCAGUUCAAAUGAAGCUUUAAAAGUCUGAUUUGAUUUCUUUCAAGGAUAUGGAAAGAGUUGAAAAAGUGCAAAUCUAAAUCCUUUCAUUUCCUUGUUUUUGCCUUUCUGUCCUUUAAUGUUUUGUAGACACAGUUCAAGUUUUGAUCAACUUUCACUUUUCAAUCAACAUGAAUUAAAAAUAUGCACAGCGGCUAUAUUUGCGUCAGCGGAACAGUUCUUCACUUCUUCACAGGAACAUCCUGUCAUGUUAUUUGUCCAAAACGUCUCUCAGCUGCUUCUCACUGAUUUGGAUCUAAUUCACUUUUGUUAAAACGGUGAAUAAUUCACUGUUUCAUAUUUAAAGCAAGAAUGUAUACAACCUCAGCCGUACACACAUUUAUGCACUAGUCACCACAGUUGGACAAUCAUUCCAAAAACGCAAUGCAAUGCACAAUUAAACUAACCGUUCUAUAUCCUUGAUUUAACACAAAUCUCUUUCAUUCUAUAGCAUUUUAUAUAAACAAUUAUAAUAAUGAAAGAUCUAUGUGAUGGCAAUUCAUUUAACAGAUUAAUCUUUAGGUCUAUAACAUGUAAAAAAAUAAAUAUAUAUAAAUUAAGGUCACAAUAAAGUUCAGAUCACACUGAUGCUCAGUUUCAUAUAUGUCUUUGAAUCUGGAAUCAUCAAAUAAAAAACCACCUAUACAAUGGAUAAUGUGAUUUUCAAAAUAGUUGGAUUAGUUUCCUCAUUUUAAACAGAGAUCCUGUUAUAUUGCCUUUGAGAAGACCCGUCCUUGGGGCAUGGUCCCACUCAUGAAUGUCGCACUGGAGAAACUUCACCGCCCACACGUUCAGGUCCAAUCUUUGCGACCAAGGACGUGAAUAAAACAUUUGCUGCCCGUGGCAAAGCCGAAUCCACAGCAUGGCUCUGUGGGGGUUUCCACUUCGAACUUUGACCGGCAGCAUUCUCCUCAUCCAGGGAGGUGUGAUCGUUCCCCUCUGCAGCUUCUGCUCGUUUACACUGAACCAAAAGAGCCAAGACAUAGACUGAAUUCAACUUCCUCCUUUUACACAGACAUGGAUCUUACUCUGACUACCUCCACUGCCGACACGCAGGCAGAAAAAGCCCCCUGACUCAUGUGUCUUUACCUUUUAUACUUAAUGCCCCCCCCCCCUAAACAGGCUGUAAAAGAGGCCUCGGGUAUAGUUUACAAGUCGGACAACAAAAAGCUAAAUAUUCUAACGCAAGACUGAGCAAAACAUUUUGCAGUAAAACGAUAAUCUUGUUACUUAUCAGCCGACGAGUACUGUGUGUCACAGUAAACCGUGCAACAAGCUAAUAUCAGCCGGACCAAUUUACUGGUCCCACUUAUCGGUUUAUCAAUGCAACGUUUCUUCUUCUUUUCCCACUCGAUACUGAACGAAGCUGCGAUCUUUGUGAAUACGGCUUCUGCCUCUUGGACAGUCGCAGAACGCCUGUGAUAAACACUGUGGGGCUUCAACAAGGUGUUGUCUCAACACAGCCUGGACACAGAAAGUGUGAGGACAAUAUUUAGCUGGUUUUACGAAUAGGGCGAUGGUGUUGUGUGUUUUUUUUUUUCUUUCUUCCAGCUUUGGGUGGUUUCCAAAAAACCGAGCACAAUGAAUUUAUCGUCCGGCUGUUUCAAGUUCCUCUACUUUAUUAAAUGGGACGUGGUAAUGGAGGAAGUGAUGUAAUGUGUGGAACUGUGCCAAGGAGUUAAUGCAACACAGCCUUAAAUGACCCAUAUGGAAAACAACCACUCGUGCCCUCAUCUGGCAUUGAUUUAUUUUUGCAUUAGUAAUAUUCAAUCGUAAAUUAACUGUUCCUGUGAGCCUGUACUGUAUGACGUUGUCUUUAUUUAUGUUAUUUGAUAAAUAUUGCUAUUGAUAAGCAUUGUUACUAAUAAACCGUUUAUUGUUGUA